GGGGAGGGGGGGCGGGAUCUGUGCGUCAGCGAAAACCCCGACGGCGGCGGCGGGGAGCGCGUUGACGUCACGUGCUCGACGCCGCGCCUCCGCCUCCAGUCACCCGGCCGGGGAGGCGGGGCCGAGCCUGAGCACGCUGCCUUUGCGCGGAGCCGAGUCACUGGCUCGGCUGCCGGCCCCAGGGAGGAGUUGGAAAGAAGUAGUCCUGUGGAGGUUGCGUUUCUAUUUUUAACCCGAUUGUCCGCCCUCAGCCUCUCUCCUUCCGAUUUUCUCAGUCAAGCCGACUUUUCGCCAUCUGAGUUCUCACGCUUUGUCUAAAGCCUUUGGCAGACAUUUCCCUUUCCUCCUUACUCCCCACCCAACAAGAACGUGUUAGAAGGAUUCGGCUCGAGAAGAGAAAAUGAACUGCUGUUUAGCUUCUGGGUCUUCUCGCCUGUUUAUGAAGUUUCCCCCGUCCGGCUCCCUCACACUCCCCUUCGGUUCUAAAGUCCAGCCUGAGCAUUGCUCUGAUGCUCCUGGGAAGGAGCGGGGCGGGCGGCGCUCGCCCGCUCACUCGCCCGCCCGCCCGCUCGCUCGCGCAAGGUCACGGUGGUUGUGCAGAGUCAGGAAGUGUUCCGCCGACUUGCCGCCAGUCUUCGGCCCCGGCGACACCGUUCUGAACAAACUGUUUUGGCCAGCCUGUAAAAUCCCUGGAAAUCGACUCUUCCAGCAGAGCCUCGUGAACUGGUAAAGCACCAAAUGUUCUACCCAAGAUGAAGUUAAGGGACAAACAAGCUAGACCCGAGGGAGAGAUCAAAAAGGAGACGUUGCAGGAGGAAGUUCAAAAGGGGGCAAUUCAAAAAUGAGGCACAGGCCCCGACUAGUUUGAAAGGCCUCUCAACAGUGGUGAGACAGACACAUGUCUGUUUAUGGAAGAGAAAUUUGUGACUCAGAAAAGUUUAGUAACUGGAUCAAAGUUACUGAGACAACAGAAGCAGAGCCAGGCCUCAAACCCAGGUCUUCUGAUGCCAAAGCCAGCAUUCUUUCUUGUACACCACAGCUGCCAUCUGGAACUUGGGAUUACCAUAAAAUUGGUAAACACAAUUAUAUACUUAAUGUUUGAAAGAGGAAUGAAGGGUAAACAUUCCUUAGACUCUUACUACUGAGGAAACCAGACCAGCCAUUCAAGUGAUGAACCCUGUGACAUCUAACGACUGCUGAGCUUUCAGCUAUCAUGUAAGAAGUCUGCCUACCCUGGGGCCACCACAUGGAAUGACCACAUACUUACAUAUAGAGAGAGAUGGCCCAGAGUUCAAGUCUCCAGCUAUUGAAGGCUUCCAUCCUGGGUAACAGACAAUUGAAUGAAGAAGACUUUGAGAUGCUGUCAGCCCCAACCAUUGUCUGACCACAACUACGUGAGGGACCUGCAUGCAGUCAGAACUACCAGCUGAGCCAAGCUGACCUCCAGACUUGCUUAAUAAUCUUGCCAAAUGGGUGAAAAUUGAUACCUGUUGGAGGAGGUCAUGAAGAGGAUAUGAUCGCUGAUUGACCCAUGCGCUGGACUUGGACUUGGGCAACUGGAGGCUUCUCACCCCCUCCCCUGCCCUUGGAAUGUAUGUUCUGCCUACAAUUCCCAUAGCCGGAGCUGUUUUGAGGACAUGGCCUUGAGAGAGUAAGGUGUUGAGAUCAUCUGGAGUGAAUAUGUGACUGAACCCAGUUAAGGCCUCUGUAUAAACUCCUAAGAUUCUGGCAGGUUUUGCUGGAACACCUGUGAGCAAGUGUAUGGGAGGUGAACACACAGAAAACUGAAGGUGCAGUCACCAAUGUAAAGUCUCCGGGAGUCAUGUGAUCAGACUGUGAAAUGGCACCAGGGAGCACUUUCAGCAACAGGCAGAACUGUGUGCAUGUGCCGGACCAGACCUGAAACAUUUGUCCCUUCAACCUGUCAUCCUUCUUCAAGUUAACCGGCAGCCGAGACGUUCUGACAGGACACCACCAGGAUGCCGCCCAAGAAAGUGCAAAUCCAAGUGGAGGAAAAAGAAGAUGAUACUGAGGAAAGUUCAAGUGAAGAGGAAGAGGAGGAGGAAGACAAACUACCUCGAAGAGAGAGCAUGAGACCAAAGAGGAAACGGACCAGAGAUGUUAUCAAUGAAGAUGACCCAGAACCUGAACCAGAGGAUGAAGAAACGAGGAAGGCCAGAGAAAAAGAGAGAAGGAGGAGGCUGAGGAGAGGAGCGGAAGAAGAAGAAGAAAUUGAUGAAGAGGAAUUGGAAAGAUUGAAGGCAGAGUUAGAUGAGAAUAGACAAAUGAUUGCUGCUGUCAAAUGCAAGCCUUGGAAAAUGGAGAAGAAAAUUGAAGUUCUCAAGGAAGCAAAAAAAUUUGUGAGUGAAAAUGAAGGGGCUCUUGGGAAAGGAAAAGGAAAACGGUGGUUUGCAUUUAAGAUGAUGAUGGCCAAGAAAUGGGCAAAAUUUCUCCGUGAUUUUGAGAACUUCAAAGCUGCUUGUGUCCCCUGGGAAAAUAAAAUCAAGGCAAUUGAAAGUCAGUUUGGCUCAUCGGUGGCCUCAUACUUCCUCUUCUUGAGAUGGAUGUAUGGAGUAAAUAUGGUUCUCUUUAUCCUGACAUUCAGCCUUAUCAUGUUGCCAGAGUACCUCUGGGGUUUGCCAUAUGGCAGUUUACCUCGGAAAACGGUUCCCAGAGCUGAAGAGGCAUCGGCAGCCAACUUUGGUGUGUUGUAUGACUUCAAUGGAUUGGCUCAAUAUUCUGUCCUCUUUUAUGGCUAUUACGACAAUAAACGAACAAUUGGAUGGAUGAAUUUCAGACUGCCACUAUCCUAUUUUCUGGUGGGGAUCAUGUGCAUUGGAUACAGCUUUCUGGUUGUCCUUAAAGCGAUGACCAAAAAUAUUGGUGAUGAUGGAGGUGGUGACGACAACACUUUCAACUUCAGCUGGAAGGUGUUCACCAGCUGGGACUAUCUGAUUGGCAAUCCUGAAACAGCAGACAACAAGUUCAAUUCUAUCACGAUGAACUUUAAGGAAGCUAUAAUAGAAGAAAGAGCAGCCCAAGUAGAAGAAAACGUCCACUUGAUCAGAUUCCUGAGGUUUCUCGCUAACUUCUUCGUGUUUCUAACACUUGGCGGGAGUGGAUACCUCAUCUUUUGGGCUGUGAAGCGAUCCCAGGAAUUUGCGCAGCAAGAUCCUGACACCCUUGGGUGGUGGGAAAAAAAUGAAAUGAACAUGGUCAUGUCCCUCCUGGGGAUGUUCUGUCCAACAUUGUUUGACUUAUUUGCUGAAUUGGAAGACUACCAUCCCCUCAUCGCUCUGAAAUGGCUCCUGGGACGCAUUUUUGCUCUUCUUUUAGGCAACUUGUAUGUAUUUAUUCUUGCCUUGAUGGAUGAGAUUAACAACAAGAUUGAAGAGGAGAAGCUAGUAAAGGCCAAUAUUACCCUAUGGGAAGCCAACAUGAUCAAGGCCUACAAUGCAUCACUCACUGGAAAUACCACUGGGCCACCCUUUUUUGUGCACCCUGCAGAUGUACCUCGAGGACCCUGCUGGGAAACGAUGGUGGGGCAGGAAUUUGUGCGGCUGACCGUUUCUGAUGUUCUGACCACCUAUGUCACAAUUCUCAUUGGGGAUUUUCUCCGAGCAUGUUUUGUGAGGUUUUGCAAUUACUGCUGGUGCUGGGAUUUGGAAUAUGGAUAUCCUUCAUACACCGAAUUUGACAUCAGUGGCAAUGUCCUGGCUCUGAUCUUCAAUCAAGGAAUGAUCUGGAUGGGCUCCUUCUUCGCUCCCAGCCUCCCGGGCAUCAAUAUCCUUCGGCUCCACACGUCCAUGUACUUCCAGUGCUGGGCUGUGAUGUGCUGCAACGUUCCCGAGGCCAGGGUGUUCAAAGCUUCCAGAUCGAAUAACUUCUACCUGGGAAUGCUCUUGCUCAUCCUCUUCUUGUCCACCAUGCCCGUCCUGUACAUGAUCGUGUCCCUCCCGCCAUCUUUCGAUUGUGGCCCCUUCAGUGGCAAAAAUAGGAUGUUUGAAGUCAUUGGAGAAACACUGGAACAUGAUUUUCCAAGCUGGAUGGCAAAGAUCUUGAGACAGCUUUCUAAUCCUGGAUUAGUUAUUGCUGUUGUUUUGGUUAUGUUUGACUAUCUAUUAUCUCAAUGCUACUGCAAAGGGCCAGAAGGCAGCAAACCUGGAUCUAAAAAAGAAGAUGAAACAGCAAGCUUUGGAGAACAAACUGCGAAACAAGAAAAUGGCAGCUGCACGAGCAGCUGCAGCUGCUGGAGGCCAGUAAUUUUCAUGGAUAUUCUGGAGGCCCAGAAGUAUUCCUCACCAUACUGUUCAAAAGCAGUGACUUAUGUGAAGGCCCAGAGAACAAACAUGGAGAGUUGCUACUUCCCUGUUCUAAACCAGAAAGAAAAGGAGGCAGGCGCAAAUUAGGUGAUCUGCCCAUUGCAGUAGUGGAAACACUGUGGAUCAGAAUUUGGAGCGUCUGUGAGUUACGUUCAGCUCAGGUCCUGGGGAGGAGCUUGAGGCUGUGUUCAACAGAGCCCUGGAUCAAAAGAAAGAACUCCCCAGCUUUACUCUCUGUGCUGUAGUGUUUUUUUUUACUGAAAACAGGAAUACAAUAUUUGCAACUAAAACAGAAAAUUGGCUAAUACAACUGCUGAGAUCUUUGGAAAAUCUUUGAAUCUUCUGCAUCUAGAUGCUGUGUAAUCAUAGCCGGCUUCUUCUCACUUAGCACUGGUUUCAUUCCUAUGUAUCUGAUUGGCCCAGCUGGGCUCAGGGCUCAGCGCUGGCCUGCGAUAACAGCGAGAAUGUGUCCAAAUGGAGCCACACCAAGGUAUCUUUUGCUUCUCCUCAAUACUGUAGGUUAGGAGGCACCAAAAUGUUAUUCAUUUUGUUAAUCAUUUGUUCUUUUAUUCAGCAGUUAUGCCUUGAUUCUUUGUUUAUCAGUCAAACAUUCCCAAAUAUGGUAAUGUUCAUGCUCAUUUAAAACAGGCAAAAAUUAACAUUUGCCAUGUGACUUUAUGGAAAUGAUUCAACCUCUCAAAACCUUGUGCUUCUCAUCUCUAAAAAACGGGGAUAGUAAGAGUCCUACUCCAUAAACUUUCUACUUGGGAUUAAAAGAGAUAGAUCUUGCAGAGAUCAUAGCACCAAACCUGGCACAUAGUUAGUGCUCGAUAACAGCCAUGGUUGUCACCCUUGUUCCUAUGGCGUUCCAAAUAUUUGUAGCUGUGGUUUAAUUAUUUUUUCUGCUUGACCAUACAUCUAAACUCUGGGAAGAAAUUGAGAACACCAUUGAAAUGAGAAUUUGUCAGGGCCUUAUCAUUUUUACAAAUGGAACACUGAAAAUAUCAUGGUGAUCCCCAGUAUCUAAUUUUAAGUAAAAACAAU